AUGAAAUUUUGGACUUCACAACAUGUUUUUGAUCAUGAUUGGGCAACAGUUGUCACUGCUGCAUUGAACAAAUAUCCCAAUCCGUCACAUCGCCUCCUAUUAGCCAAUUGGGGUAUUGCACCAGCAUUGAACAAAAUCUUCAAUAUGUCCGAACUUGGAUAUGCUAGUGAACACUCAACAAUUGAUGCUCGACGACGCGUGAUGACUGCUCGAACAAGAAAUUUAACAUUGAACCGUUUUAUUAACAUCGAAGAACGACUUGAGUAUACUCAACAUCCAACAGAUAGCACAAAAACAUUACUUAAACAAGAAGCAACAAUUAACGUUGAGAACGUACCAUUAACGAGCUAUGUGGAAACUCUCGUCGCAAAAACUUUGAACACGAAUGCGACCAAAGGUCGUCUAGCUAUGGAAUGGGUUAUCAAACGAAUGCGUACAGUUCCCACAGCUGAUGCGACUGAAAAUUUAGCAUUAUAG